GCCAAAAACAUUGUAUCGCACUAAAACGAUAAUGAGCCAUAUGGUCACACAGUCUGAUCUAGUACAAGUGUUUACGGCGUUCAAAAAUCUCCCACAAAACCCCCCAUCGCGCAAAGCUCGGCACAAUGAUCUUCUCUCGGGCUCUAAAACACCAUUCGCAUCAGUGUUUUUACCCUAAAUAUUCCACCCAUAUAUAUGUAUGUUCAAGUAUAAACAUUACCAUAAGCCUUCAAGUAGAUGGCACAGUGAGUUCCUAGAAACCUAUCACGUAUGUUGCCUCUGUUGUAGCGGAGUUGCAAGUUUCAUAAUAAGUGUGAAGAAAACGUUUAUAUCAAUGCAGACUUAAGCACAAACGUUGCACACACUCUCCCUUCGAGCUCUUUGAUAGGAUUUACUUGUUUUGUCUAGCUAUGAUCGAGUUCUUUCUAUUUGCCUCUCGUGGCUCUGAGGUUGUGACUGGUGUUUCAGUGUCUUUAUGCAGAUCCAAAACAUAAUGGCGGAAGUCAAAUCUGUGUUCAAAUAGACAAUUUUGGUUGAUCGUUUUGAGAAACAUCUAGAGAACUCUUUAUGUUCAGUAGAAGUUUUCAAGCUUUUGUCCCAGAAUACAUAUGCUUGACGUCUUCCAGACAUGGAACUCGUUACUUUGGCAAUUGUCGUUACCCAUCAACUUUUCCACAGAAACAAUCUCAUCGUACAGCAUCCGAGCUCUUGAUAAUGAUCAGCGAAGAACCAGCCGCGGAAACCCAGCCGAGUCCCAAAGACGCAGCCCUGGCCCUCCCAAUUCAAGUCGUAGCCAUGGAAAAAAGCGCACCAGAGUCCAGUGAUCCAAAGUCUAAUGCACAGCCUCCUCAAUUUCAAUUACCAGAUUUUCGCGAUGAUCCCGAAAAAUCGGACAUGUUUUUGAAAGCUACACUGAAGCUUCUCCACCACAUGCUCUUUCCAUAUCACGACCAUACAAUACGUGCUUUGUCCCCAAUUCUCGAUGAAUACCUGAACAUCUGGUCUGAAAUCUGCGUCGACAAAAGCGACAUUUGUCGUUCUAAGAUGGAGAAUCUUAUCAGGUUAGAUUUGAACUUGAUGACAGCUCUUGUUGCGGUGCGAGAAAAAAGAGACGAACUUUGGCUGGAAUUUAAUGGACAUGAGGGUGAUGAGGGUGACGAGGAGAUUCCCGAUGCGCGGGAGGUUUAUUGCCCUAAUUGCGACGAGAGUAGCGAGGAAGAUGGGAGCGAUGACCUCUGUCACUGUCCCAUUCAUCCCAACACCGGCACCGAAUACCUCGCUUGUGGGAUUACAACGAAUCCAUGGAAACAGAGUCCUGCGGAUGAAGACAAGGAUUCCGCGAACAUUACUGUCGCCUGUAGUGCUCAUGGGAUGGCGACGCCUAAUAUUCCUGGGGAUAAAAACGACUGCACUUGCCCCUGUGCCACGUGUUGUGCUUCCCGUGGCCUCGACAAUGACGAUGAUAGUUAUUUCUUGCCUUCUUCAGAGUUAGAGAGCGAAGAUGAGAUACCCUGUCAAUGUUAGUUGAGUAAAGAAGAUUUCCAGUAUGAAAGGAAUGUUCCCAGCAGGGGCCUAUGUCCGACGCAGAUACAAGACAAUUAGGUUUGUUUGUUGCCUGGUAGAAAGGUUGAGAUGGAAAACUUUCUUUGUUCUGCCGAGAGUUGAAGGCUCGUUAGAAUUGUCAUGCCUCUUUAAAAUUCAUCAUUUGCAAAAUUGUGACUUUAAGUGUACUCACGUGUAAUUGAUUGAUUCAAAAAAUCCGUGUUUAGCGAUCUUGGAAGAAUAUUAUCACAGUCAUAUUGCAUUUUGUAGGGAACAAGUAAGAUCAAAUAGUGGAACUGAUUUAGCCUAUCACUUACCGUUUCUAUGUUCGUAACAAGUUGACAUCUACCAGCUCCCAAAUAGAUAGCUUACCCAAGAGAAUAAACUCAUGUUUCAAAGUAAGUUUAUCUUAGAUUCGACCAAUCAGAAGUAUCAAUAUAUCUGGAAUGCUUGCUCAUUGCUGGUAAGGCUGUUCCGUUAUUAUAAUUGAGGAAGGGUUCCAUCGGAGUAAAAGAGGAGCAAAUCGAUACGCUUUCCUGCUGACAGAGUGUUAGCUAUUGUUUCUAAAUUUCACA